AUGAAAGAUAUCUCUGAUAUAGAUUCUUUGGCUACAAGGCUAAAAAAUACAAUGAUUCAGUACCAUAACAUUGAGGACAAUGAAUGGAGAGUUGCUAGGAAAACAAAAGAUGUUACUGUUUGGCGUAAGCCAUCAGAAGAAUUCAGUGGGUAUCUCUAUAAAACACAAGGUAUCGUGGAAGAUGUUACCAAUAGAAUAAUAGAUCACAUACGUCCUGGACCUUAUCGGAUCAGCUGGGAUAGUCUGAUGACCACAAUGGACAUUGUUGAAAAGUAUGAAGAGAAUUGCUGUGUAAUGCGUUAUACUACAGCUGGUCAAAUAUUGAAUAUCAUUGCACCAAGGGAGUUCAUUGAUUUCUCCUACACAACCAGUUGUGAAGAUGGACUGCUGUCAUGUGGUAUUAGCCUGGAUUACGGUGAAGUAAGGCCAAGUUUUGUUCGAGGGUUUAACCAUCCUUGUGGCUGGUUCUGCUUUCCACUCACGGACAAUCCAAGACAUAGUCUUUUGGUUGGCUUUAUCCAGACGGACCUGCGUGGGAUGCUCCCACAAUCAGUAGUAGACACAGCUAUGGCUGGCACACUGAUCAAUUUUUAUUCUGAUCUUAAGAAAGCUCUGAAGGCAUAAUUAGUGCAAGUACAAAUUCUCUGUAUCAUUCAUAAUCUUUUUCUGUUU